GUGUAAGAGCGUGUUUAGCCCAUGACUCCUGAUUCAAUCCCCCAUUGUAUAAGUUCGGAUAUCAUUUAGUUGCUAAAUGUGAUUCGCGUUUCAUAGAAUACGUGAUGUAAAACACCACCACUCAACCCACAAGUGUGUUUGUUGUGACAACAGUAACUCAGGCAGUCGUCGGGAGGAGGAAAAGGUGCACAGAGGCGUGGAGGACAAAGGACGAGGACUUUAUUGACGCUAAUACAUGCAUGUUCUUAACCUAUUAGGGAAGGAUUCCCACGCCAGUAUCACCGCCUCGUACUAACAGCAGAUGUGAGCUGGUGCCGGGGCCAGCAGUCAGCGGGGUGCGUUGCUUUUAUCCUGAAUUGGUCACGUGAGCGAGAGAGGAGGUAGUUAUCAUCGUAGAGGGGACUCGUCAAUGAUCUCACUCAUUGCCUUAAAACAACUCAGCGACCCCGCCUCCCAAGCCGGACACAGCAACACGUCAUGUCUUCAAGCAAGUUUCAACUGUGGCUGGGUGCAGUGCUGGAGGAUGGUCAGCGGGUCAUGUACAGAGUGACCACCCUUCUGUACCAGGGCGGGCGUCUCAGCCCUGAUCGCUACUGGCAGAAACGUUUUGGCAAUGACCUGACCUACAAGAAGCAUUUCAAUCCAGAUCAGCGACUAUUAUUGGACUCCUGUGACUGGCCUGGAUGUUAUGACAUCGACACUGCAGCCGAAGUCUUUGACAUCAGUUUACACUGGGCGGUGCAGCAAAAACUGUGUGGACUGAAUCCCUCCAUGCCACUUUAUAAAAAUUUAGCAAAUCUUGUAAAAAUAAGGAAUAACGCUGUUCAUUACCCUGAUCAGUCUGGGAUUUCAAGCGGUGAAGUAAAAGAGAGGCUUUAUGAGCUACUGGAAGCAUGCACACUUGUCUUGGAUAGUCUAGAGGACUAUGUUGGUACGGAUCUCAGCAGCACUAAAACAGUGUUGCGCAAGAGCAUUAACAAGAGAUUAUAUGAGCUGAGCGCAGCUCGACAACCAACGGGCGGAGAGGAGCUCAGCACUAUGGGGAAGGUGGCCGUCACCGUCGGCGUGGCGGGAGUGGCCGUUGCGGCUGCUAUGGCCAGUCAUUUCUCAAAUGAAAACAAAAGUCGAAGGGAUGAGUCCAAUAAGAACAAAACGUCAAGUAACAAGGAAGAAUGUAGCGUAAUGUGAUCAGUGAUACAUAAGUGUUUUUCUCGCAUUGUGGCUGGACGGUAGAGCGACGGUCUCGUUUCAUGCAAGUCGGCGUUCAAUCCCCGACGGCCAAGUGGUUGGGCACCAUUCCUUUUCCUCGUCCCAUCCGAAAUCCUUAUAAUGACUCCUUCCCAGUGUUAUAUAGUCGUAAUGGCUUGGCGCCUUUUCCUCUGAUAGUUCCUUUUCCUUCCCUUUCCAUUAUCAAUAGACAGGCAGAGAAAGAUACAGCAUAUUGUCUUGUAUUCCUCCAUAUAGUUAAGGCAUUAGGUCUUAUAUACAGUAUCUGCAGGUUGGCAGCCAGCAUGGCCAUAUGGAACUUGACUCGCAAGGCGUAUUGCGAGUCUUAUUGUUACUUGAGACGAAUGGCCAGACCACACACUAGAAAGUGAAGGGACGACGACGUUUCGGUCCGUCCUGGGCCAUUCUUAAAUCGAUUGUGAGAAUGGACUUGAGAAUGGUCCAGGACGGACCGAAACGUCGUCGUCCCUUCACUUUCUGGUGUGUGGUCUGGUCAACAUUUUUCAGCCAUGUUAUUGUGACUUCUCGUCUGCAUGUACAACGAAUGGCAUUAUUUCCUGCCAAUGUUAACGAUAUACUUCUAGACGAUGACUUAAAUAUAUAAAUGUUGGAACACCUCAGAGAUUAUGUAAUAGACGGUAACGAAGGGAAUUAUCAUGGGGAAAGCGCCAAGCCAUUACGACUAUAUAGCACUUGGAAGGGGUCAGGAUAAGGAUUUGGGAUGGGACGGGUGAAAGGAAUGGUGCCCAUCCACUUGGAUGGUUGGAGAUUGUCGAACUACAUCUCGCAUGAAGCGAGACUCUACCGUCCAGCCUAAGUGGUUGGGUUGAACUUGAGCAGCCAUUUGUUGGACCAUUCAUUCAGUUUGUGUAGAUCAUCUUGUAGCCUCAUACUGUCUUCCUAUGUCUUAA